ACCGCGUGCUCGGGCGCCGCUGCCCCGCUCCGCGCCCGCUCCGCGAUGGCUCCCGGAGUUACGGCGAUCCCGGCUGGACGCAGCUGAACGGCCGCCCCCGGGCGGGGGACCCGCUCGCACCUCGCAUGUCCGCGGCGCCCGGGAAGUCGGAUGUGUACGGCCUUCCUCCCCCUCCUCCUCUCCUCCAUGGCCGUCGUGCUCCGGCUUCUCGGCCUCUCCGGGAGCGCUCCGAGGCCGGCGGGCAGCAGCGGCAGCUCCGCACGUCGCGAUCGCCGUAGCGAGGCUCGGCGCGGCUGCUUCCAGUGACCGCGCCCCAGCCCGGCCAUGUACCCCCAGGGCCGGCACCCGGCUCCGCACCAGCCGGGCCAACCGGGCUUCAAAUUCACCGUGGCCGAGUCCUGCGACCGGAUCAAGGACGAGUUCCAGUUCCUGCAGGCCCAGUACCACAGCCUCAAAGUGGAGUAUGACAAGCUGGCGAACGAGAAGACCGAAAUGCAGCGCCAUUACGUUAUGUACUACGAAAUGUCGUACGGUUUGAAUAUUGAAAUGCACAAACAGACAGAAAUUGCUAAAAGACUGAACACGAUUUUAGCCCAGAUCAUGCCUUUUCUGUCACAAGAGCACCAACAGCAGGUGGCCCAGGCUGUUGAGCGUGCCAAGCAAGUGACAAUGACGGAGUUGAAUGCUAUCAUCGGGGUACGUGGACUUCCCAAUCUGCCUCUCACCCAGCAGCAGCUCCAGGCCCAGCACCUGUCCCACGCCGCCCACGGCCCCCCGGUGCAGCUGCCCCCGCACCCGUCGGGGCUGCAGCCGCCCGGCCUCCCGCCCGUCACCGGCACCAGCUCGGGGCUGCUGGCCCUCGGCGCCCUGGGCAGCCAGGCGCACCUGGCCGUCAAGGACGAGAAGAACCACCACGACCUGGACCACAGAGAGCGAGACUCAAGUGCAAAUAAUUCCGUGUCCCCCUCGGAGAGCCUGCGGGCCAGCGAGAAGCACCGGAGCUCCACGGACUACAGCAUCGACUCCAAGAAGAGGAAAGCGGAGGAGAAGGACAGCAUGAGCCGAUAUGACAGCGAUGGUGACAAGAGCGAUGACCUGGUGGUCGAUGUCUCCAAUGAGGACCCUGCCACCCCCCGGGUGAGCCCGGCCCAUUCCCCCCCGGAGAACGGCCUGGACAAAGCGCGCGGGCUGAAGAAGGGCGACGCUCCCAACAGCCCGGCCUCGGUGGCCUCCUCCAGCAGCACUCCCUCCUCCAAGACCAAGGACCUGGGCCACAACGACAAAUCCUCCACGCCCGGCCUCAAGUCCAACACUCCGACGCCCAGGAACGACGCUCCCACCCCGGGCACCAGCAGCACCCCGGGGCUGCGGCCCAUGCCCGGCAAACCCAGCGGCAUGGACCCCCUGGCCUCGGCCCUGCGGACGCCCAUCUCCAUCGCGGGCUCGUACGCGGCGCCCUUUGCCAUGAUGGGGCACCACGAGAUGAACGGGUCCCUGACGAGCCCCGGCGCCUACGCGGGGCUGCACAACCUCCCCCCGCAGAUGAGCGCGGCCGCCGCCGCCGCUGCCGCCUACGGCCGGUCGCCAAUGGUGAGCUUUGGAGCUGUCGGGUUUGACCCUCACCCACCCAUGCGAGCCCCGGGCCUGCCCUCCAGCCUGGCGUCCAUCCCCGGAGGGAAACCGGCGUACUCGUUCCACGUGAGCGCGGACGGGCAGAUGCAGCCGGUGCCGUUCCCGCACGACGCGCUGGCGGGGCCGGGCAUCCCGCGGCACGCGCGGCAGAUCAACACGCUGAGCCACGGCGAGGUGGUGUGCGCCGUCACCAUCAGCAACCCCACCCGCCACGUCUACACCGGCGGCAAGGGCUGCGUCAAGAUCUGGGACAUCAGCCAGCCCGGCAGCAAGAGCCCCAUCUCACAGCUGGACUGCCUGAACAGGGAUAACUACAUCCGCUCCUGCAAGCUGCUGCCGGACGGCCGCACGCUGAUCGUGGGGGGCGAGGCCAGCACGCUGACCAUCUGGGACCUGGCGUCGCCCACGCCGCGCAUCAAGGCCGAGCUGACGUCCUCGGCGCCCGCCUGCUACGCGCUGGCCAUCAGCCCCGACGCCAAGGUGUGCUUCUCGUGCUGCAGCGACGGCAACAUCGCCGUCUGGGACCUGCACAACCAGACCCUCGUCAGGCAAUUCCAAGGGCACACGGACGGGGCCAGCUGCAUAGACAUCUCCCACGAUGGUACGAAGCUGUGGACGGGGGGCCUGGACAACACGGUGCGCUCCUGGGACCUGCGGGAAGGGCGGCAGCUGCAGCAGCACGACUUCACCUCCCAGAUCUUCUCCCUGGGAUACUGCCCGACGGGCGAGUGGCUGGCGGUGGGCAUGGAGAGCAGCAACGUGGAGGUGCUGCACCACACCAAGCCCGACAAGUACCAGCUGCACCUGCACGAGAGCUGCGUGCUCUCCCUCAAAUUCGCCUACUGCGGGAAGUGGUUUGUGAGCACUGGGAAGGACAACCUGCUCAACGCCUGGAGGACGCCCUACGGAGCCAGCAUCUUCCAGUCCAAGGAAUCCUCGUCCGUGCUGAGCUGUGACAUCUCAGCGGAUGACAAGUACAUCGUCACGGGCUCUGGGGACAAGAAGGCCACGGUCUACGAGGUCAUCUACUGAUGCUGGGACGUGCAGCCCUCGCAACGCUCCGGGAACGCCCAGGGAGGCCCCGGCCGGCCC